CACGCGGACAUAUUAUAUUAGCGUGGUAAUGAAUAAACGUCAAAAUAUCUCAAUAAUAAUUAUGAACAUUAUAUUGAAAUAACCACAAUUUAUUCAAAACCGCAAUCGAUUCAUUCAUUCCUCCAUGACCGAUGAUUGUCUGGCCGUUUUGCACAUAAAUCUGAUAACGAGUAGACGAUAUCAUGUUAUAUUUUCUGCUCGGUGCUGGUACAGGUUAUUUAGUUUUGUUUUUUUUUCCAUUAUAACUUUGUACGUCCGUUGACUAUAUUGGACGGUGAAUCUGUUGGCUGGCGACGCUAUCUAUAAAUAAAAAAAUCGUUUGAAAUCAGCCGCGUUCUCAGCUUUACUGCUGCGGCUGCCGUCUAGUCGUUUCGUUUUGCAGGUACAGUUGUGAUUCCGGGUCUUCUAGGUAGCCGUUGUUUGUGCAAGGACGAUCGGAUUUUGAUUGUCGUACGACAAAAGAACAAAAGUUAGUACGUAGUUAUCACAGGUGCACGCCAAAGCGGACGAACUUGGGUUGCAGAUGAGUUCGCUAGCAGACCAAGACGCCCCUGGUCCGAGCUCUGUCGGUGAUUUGCGAUCUUUCAGGUUUGCAAAGAAACCCAGCUUCAGUCACGAAUCUGCCGGUCAGUCCAGUUCCAUGGAUACUAUCGUCAUCGACGAAGAACCUGGUAAAUAAAUAACAUUAUUUAUUUCUCCGUAGGUAUAUUAUUGUUUGAUUUAAAAACUUGCCCACUGGGGUUCCAAUUUGUAUUACCAUAUUCUUUCAGAGUUCAUUUAUUUGCAAAAAAAAAAAAAUAAAUAAAGUUUUAAAGUCCAUAAUAUUAUAAUGACCUCAAACAAGUCAUAUUUUAGAAAGUGGAACUACCUACCAACAAGUCGUGUUUAUACUAUAUAGAGCGAAAUUUUAAAACCUCAUUCGGUUUGAAUGGUUUGAUAUUGCCUUUAUUGUAUAAUACUAUUUAUUUUUUGAAUAGUAAUAUAAUAUUUUUUUUUUUUUUUGCAACUUAAAUAUCUAUUUAAGUUAUCUGUAAGAUUUUGUUUGUUUAUAUUGUAUCAAACCAAACAAUAUAUUAUAUUUGUUUUGUUCCCAGUAUUUACAAAAUCUAGAAAUGGAAGAGUAAAACCCAUUAUUUUAUCAUCAGAUGAUGAUGAAGAAUGUGUCGUUGUAAAUAAUCAAGGAAGUUCUGCUGGAGUCAUUGAAAUAGUAAAAACAAAAAAAUUUUCGUUAUUUUAAAUAUAUUCAACUGAAAAAAAAAUGUAAUUGUUUAAUUUUAUAUAAUUAGAUUGAUUAUGAAGAUAAACUUCCUGUUAAAUCAAGGACCAUAUCAAUUAGUGAUGAUGAUAGUAAUAAUUCUUCGAGUGUUUUAAAAAAUGAAACGUCUUACAAAAAUUCUAGUAUUGGAAAUUCUCUAACGCCUGUAGCAAUGCCUUCAAGAAAAAGAGUACAACCACAAAACAAAAGUAAAUUUUAGGUGGAUUUUCCCCCCUUUACUAUCUGUAAAAUAAUAAAAUUCAGUGAUGUAAAACCUAACUUAACCAUUCAUUGAAAUAUGCAAUUACUUCAUAUUCCUUGACAAAAAACUUCCUUUAAAAAUAUGUGUGAAUGUAUUGUAAUCCUUAGGUUUUACUUUUUGAUAGUGUAUUUCAUUAUUUGUAAUAAAUGUAUUUUUUUCAAUCGUAUAAUGCUUUUUUUUAAACAUGAAUAUUGUAAAUUUAUGAAAUAAUUAUAUUUUAUUUGUAGAAAGAAAACGUAUUAAAGCUAAUGCACAAAACAGUGACUCUGAUGGGGGUGGCAGUGAGGACUACGAGGAAUAUAAAGAGUAUGCAUUCAUUUUUUUUUUUUUUUUAUACCUUUAUAUUAUUUAUAAAAUUGUUGGUAAAUUCUAAUCAUGUUUAUAAUUAUUUAUUUAGAGAGAAAAAUUUUGUAAAAGACAGUAAUAAGGAAAUGCGCGAAAAAGCCCUGGAAUUGUUGAAUAUUGCCACUGAAGCAGAACUCCGAGUAGUUAAAGGAAUGACCACUAAAAAAUUUGAUUCUAUUGUUGCUCUUAGACCAUUUUCCUCUUGGAUUGAAGCGGUAAAUUGAUAUUUUUUUAUUAAAAUUUAUGUAAGUGAAUGAUUAAUAAUUGAUUAAGUUAGGUUAAAAAAGUGAAUAACUCUCGUCUGUUGGGUGAGCAAACUUUGCAAAAUGUUAUGCACAUGAUUUCUUGUCAAGAUAUAGUUACUCAGUUGAUGAAGAAAUGUGAAAAAUUAGCAUUGAAAAAUGGAAAUACUAUUACUACUACUAACAUGCUUAUUAAAUCACAACCGUCCAGUUUAAAUAAAGAGUAUGAUAAUUUUGGUUUCUUUUUUCAUAAUGCCUUUUAAAUCUUAUACAAAGAAUAGUUUGCAGCUUUCUGGGUACCAAAUGAUAGGACUCAAUUGGCUUAUGUUGAUGAAUUCACAAAAACUCAACAUGAUGUUGGCCGAUGAGAUGGGUUUGGGUAAAACCAUACAAGUAAUUGCAUUUUUAGCCUAUCUGAAAGAGUCUGGUCGUACAAUUCCCGAACUCCCUCAGUUAAUUGUUGUGCCGGCUUCUACUUUAGGUACUUUUGAAAUUUAUUUAAACUGUAUUUGAUUUCAAACAUUUUUGGUAUUAUUUUGCUUUUUUUAUUUUAAUUCUCAGACAAUUGGUACCAAGAAUUUGGAAAGUGGUGUCCUUCAAUCAAAGUUGAAAAAUAUCACGGACCAAUGGAAGAAAGAAAAUAUCUCCGUACUCAGUGGUCAAAAUAUGGAUUCGGUGACAUUGAUGUGAUAUUGACUACGUAUGUAUAAUAGUUAAAUUGGUAUUGAAUUCUAUAUUUUGGUAUGACUUUGUAUAAUCUCUAUAACAUAGUGUUUAAUAACAUAAAGAUUAAGAAAUUUAAAAUAUUAGUUUUUUUGGGAAAAAAACAGUUUAUUGUGAUUCUAUUUAUGAUAAAUGCUAAACUUCUUUAUUAUUAGAAAACAUUUUUUAAAAACUGUUCUUAGGAAACUUCUUAUUUUCAAAAUUUUGUGUACAAAAUAAUAUUAUAAUUGUUUAAUAUAACAACAUUUUCUAAAAAAAUGAAACUCACAUAAUUUAUAAGCCUCACAUUAUAUAUUUAUAUAUAUAUAUUAGGGUUGUCCUUGACCUAUAGGUGUUAAACAUAAAUUGGAAUUAUGUUACGUACAUUGUUAAAAUAAUCUUCGUACAUUUUGAGUAUGUUGAGUCAAUCCGCGUCAAGUGGCUCAAUGGGGUGAAGUUAGUAAAAAAUGUGUACCUUUAUAUUAAUUUUUUUGAAUUUUGAACAUAAAUAAAUUUAUCAAAAACUUUAUUAUAGUAAAAAAGAUUUCCUACAUUAUUAUUAGCUAUUGCUCUCUCUAACAUUUCAGUAAAAUAUCCUUAUAUGUAAAAAAAUGAAUUUAAAAGUUGGUAGAUUUGAAAGUUUACAUAAUCUUGAAUAUUCUAUCACAUAUCUACCAAAUUUACAAGUUUUACUGAAAUGUUAAAGAUAGUUAUUUCAUAAUAAAUCUUUUUACUAUAAUAUAGUGUCUGAUAAAUUUUUUGUACAUUUAAAAUUAAAAAAAUUAAUGUAAAAAAUCCAAAAACGUCCCUUUUUUACAAACUAACUCUUUUAAGGCAUGUGAAGGGGUUUACUUAUCAUACCCAAAAUUUACAAAAAUUAUUUUUACUAUUUACCUAACAGAAUUUUAAGCCCACGGUACAAAAUUAUUGAAAUUCAAAAAUAAGGACCAUUUGAUAUAAAGAUUUGAGAAUUUUGUUACUAUAACUUAUUCUGUUCAAUAUUUCUAAGUUAUUUAUUUUUUUAUUAUUUUUUUUUAAUUCAAUUAAAUUUUAGAAAAUUACUCAUCAUUAGUUAACAUUUAUUGCAGUAAUAUUUUUUUUUCAAAAUAAAUUUAUGAGAUGGCCAUUUUGAAUUUUAUAAAAUAAGAUUUACAUUUUUUAAACAUAAUGACAAACAGACAUACUUCACACCACGGGUGGGCUACUCUUGUUGGUGAGAAAUUUGGAAGGUAGAAUAUAAAGGGUAAUUUAAUUUAUGUCUGUAUGCAAUGAGUAAUCAUUGGUUAUGAAAAACGAUUCUGAGCUGAGGUCUGUCUUUAUUAUUGCUUUUUCAACAAUGUACGUUUUCAUGACAACAACGAAUGUUUAAAAAAAAUUGAAAUAAUAAUAACAAAAAAUAAAUAAAAACCAAUGACUACCUCAUUUUUAAUAUUUUAGUCAUGUUUAAUCUAAAGAACAGGUUUUCUUCAUUGAAGAACCUUCUUAAAUAUUAAUGAAAAUUUCAAAAUAUGACCUUUAAAAUACCAACAAAAACUAAAAUGAAAUAAAAAGGGUCUUUUGUCAUGUUUUGAUUGAAGCAAGAUUUCUAAAAGAAAAGUGCUUUAUAGAUGGGGAAAAAAAAUACACAGUUAAACUAAUAUAUAUCUUACUGUAAUUAGAAUCUAAAAUAAUCUAGUAAUUAUUACAAAAAAAAAAAAAUAAAAAACUUAAAAUAUUUAACAAAACAAAAAUUAAUAUAAUUGUCAGAUUUCCAUGGGACACCUUGUUUAUUUAUUUAAUAAUUGAUAACAUUAAUAUUUUGACUGAUGAAAAUUGCACAGUCUAAACCAUUUGGUCUAGAAAUAAGGAAUUUUUUCCUGAACCCAUACAAAUCUUGACUCAUACCUUGAUAAUAUGAUUAUUGAAAAUGUAUAUAUAUAUAUAUAUAUAUAUGUGUGUAUGUAUGUAUAUAAUAUAUUGACUAUUGAUUUUACUUUGUGUACAGUUAUAGUUGUGCAUCAAAUUCUUUGGAAGAAAAAAAAUUAUUUAAAACAAAGGAAUUCCAUUAUAUUGUUUUUGAUGAAGCUCAUAAGCUAAAAAAUAUGACGUCACAAACUUUCGAAGUGUUUUCCAAUUUUAAUGUAAGUAAUCUAGAGGUUUAUUUAUUAUUAAAUAAGUGCUCAAUUGUAAAAGUUAUAUUUUAUUUUUAAAGGCAAACUACAAAAUAUUGUUGACUGGUACGCCACUUCAAAACAAUUUAUUAGAAUUGAUGUCGUUGUUAAUAUUUCUUAUGCCUCAAAUGUUUCGCGGUAAAGUGGAUAACAUUAAAUUUUUGUUUUCCAAGGGAACAGUAAGUACUUAAAUUGUUUAAUUUUUAAGCUUCAAUCAUUAUUUUGCUAAAUUAUACAGACUUUGUUCGAGAAGAUGUAAUUUAUGUAUAGUUAAAUAAAUCAUUGCUUAUUGCAUUUUAUUAUAGUAUAUAUUUCGAUAUUACAGAAAGGCACUGGUUCGAAGUUUGAAAUUAACAGAAUCGAACAAGCAAAACAAAUUAUUGAGCCAUUCAUGUUAAGACGUUUAAAAGCUGAUGUACUGAAAUCUUUGCCCGUGAAAAAUAUAGAAGUCAAAAACAUUGCUAUGACAGAACACCAACAAAUGCGAUACGUUACUUUGACAGAAGAGAUAAAAGAAGCUUCUUUAUCAAAAGAACUGACUGAAAAUAAUCAUAUGAUGUGGUUGAUGAUGUUGAGGAAAUUGGCUAAUCACCCACUUUUAUUAAGAUACCAUUUUGUGGUAAGUUUUUAAUCAACCCCAUCAAUAUCUCAUUUUCAAUUUUGUUUAUUUUUACUCAAAAUUCCAGGAUGACAAAUUGUAUAAAAUGGCAGAAUUGUUGGCUGUAGACCCGACUUACAAACAAAAAAAUAAACAAUACAUUGCUGAGGAUUUAUCAUUUUUGUCAGACUUUGAAUUGCACAAACUAUGUACUGAACAUAAAGUAAUCUAAUUUUCAUAUCUAUAAAUUACAUAAAUAUUUAUUUUAUGUUUUCUCGCAGUGUCUUAAUAAAUUAGGAUAUGAUCUUCCGAUUCAAAUUUUCUGUGAUUCAGGCAAAUUCAAUAUGUUAAAAGAUAUUUUGCCCAAUCUCAAAGAAAACGGCCACAGAGUUCUUAUAUUUAGUCAGUUCCUAUCAAUUUUAGAUCUAUUAGAAAUAUUCAUGUCACACUAUGGUCAUUCUUACCUGAGACUGGAUGGUUCUACUCAAGUACAAGAAAGGUGUAUAAUAACUAACAAUAAUAUAAUAAAGAUAGUCAUAAAGUAAUGGGUUUUAAUAUUGUUAUUAUUUAGGCAGCUGAUGAUCGAUUUGUACAAUAUGGAUGAGAGUAUAUUUGCAUUUUUGUUAUCAACUAAGGCUGGUGGACUGGGUAUUAACUUGACGGCUGCCGAUACUGUCAUUCUGCAUGAUAUUGACUAUAAUCCCUAUAAUGAUAAACAAGCAGAGGACCGGUGCCACAGGGUAGGACAGACUAAGUAAGUUAUUGGUUUUAUGAAAAUGAAGUUAUACUCCUUUUAAAUUAAUUAUUAUUAUUUUAUCAUAUUCAUAUAUUUAUCAUUAUUAUAAUGUUUUUAGACCUGUCAGUGUGAUUAAGUUAAUUAGCAAAGAUUCAAUUGAAGAAUCUAUGUUCAAGAUUGCACAAGAUAAAUUAAACCUUGAACAACAAGUGACUGGUGGAAAUGGUUUGUUUUUUUAUUUUAAUAAUGUAUUAGGUAUUAUUAUUUAAAAUUUAUCCAAUAAAAUAAUUUUCGAUAUUUUUUCACUUUCAGACGAAGAUGAAGCUACUGUUAAAAAAACAAUGGCUGAACUACUUAAACAAUCUUUGGGUAUAAAAGAUGUUACAUUGUGAUAAAAUAUUAUUUCUCUAAUUUUUAAGUUUACAACAUAAUGUAUAUUAUUAUAUUAUCUAUUAUUUAUAUCAAAAUUGAUUCAUUCAUACUUAUAAUUUUCUACUAAAUUUUUUUUUCUUUUUAUCCAAUGAUUUUUAAACUUUUCAAGGUAAUUUUUGUUUUAUUUUCAAAUGUUAAUGUUUUUUAUAAUAAUAAAAUAAUUGAAGUUGGCUUUUACCACAGUGUGUCAG